AUGACUCAAGCCAUCAUUGCACUCCUCCUCACUCUGCUCCUUCGAGACCCGCACCCCGCCAGCGUCUCUCCGUUCUGGCCGUCUCUGAUUAGUUCGCUUGGAGCCACACUUGAGGGCCGAGAGGCUGUUCCAACCUACACGCUGAACAGACUCUGGGGGCUCCUAUUCAGGAACGGAGCUGUCAAGAGCGCCUGGCUGUGCACCUCUCAGAAUCCUGCCAUUACCGUAUCAUUGUCUUGGACUGUGGUCGAGGUCGUCUUCGCUGUUGUCCACUUUACCGUUCGUCCAACUGCCCACACAGCCUCAUUGCGGCUCGUUGUGCGCGCUAAUCCAUAA